AUGUUCUACUUGAGUGAAAUGGAGCAUACAAUCCGAUUGCCACCUCAUUUUCUCCAUCUUCCUCUCAAAGAAGCAAUUAAGGAACAGCUUGAGGGACUUUUUUUAGAUAAGGUUAUAUCAAAGUUGGGGCUUUGUUUAUCUGUUUAUGAUAUUCAAUCCAUUGAUGGUGGCUUCAUCUUUCCCGGAGAAGGUUCUCCCACCUAUACGGUAAGGUUUAGGAUGAUAAUGUUUCGUCCAUUUGUAGGGGAGGUUAUAGGUGCAAAACUUAAAGAGUCUGGUUCAAAUGGUGUACGCUUGUCUCUUGGAUUUUUUGAUGACAUCUAUGUUCCCAUCGAUCUAAUGCCAAAACCAUCCCAUUGUGAACCUGACCCAGAAAACAAAAACCAAGUCAGGUGGAUAUGGGAGUUUAAUGGUGAUAAUUAUCCUAUCGAUGGGAUUGACGAGAUUAGGUUCCGAGUGCUCAGUGUAAAUUAUCCUUCAGUACCUGUUGAGCAAGAAAAAGAAACAAAACCGUUUGCGCCUAUGGUGGUCACCGGAUCACUUGAUGCUGAUGGUUUGGGCCCCAUUUCCUGGUGGGUAUAGUGAAGCUGUUUUGAAAUAUUUAGAAUGAUCCUGUUCCCUAGAAAGCAACGAAGCUGAUGCCAAUUCAUCUUGCAAGCUGACAUUGUCCCUGCUCACGUCAAAGAUAUAUAAUUAGGGUUGUUGAGUUGAAGAUGCAGUGUUGAUUUAUUUCUCAUUUUUUUUGGUUAAUCAGAGGUGGUAGGAAGAAACUGUACUUUUUUAGAUAAUUAAUUAUAGGAAGAAACUAAGUAUCUUUUCCCCCCUCCUCUAGUUUUUUGUUUACCCGCAUCUUUUAGCAAAGUGAAGGGUUUAGGUUUCAAUAGAUGGGCAGAAGAUGGCCGGGAGUCAGGACAGCAUAUUCUGUUUUUUGUUUUCUUUUUGAUGAAGUAUAUACCUACGUAACUAUAUAU